CCGAAAACACGUAGCAAAACUCACAAAAAAAGAGGAUAAUGGCUUCGUUAUCAUCUUCUGUGUCUCCUUUGAUAUCCAUGAAAUUCAGAGCACCCACUUUCACUGCUUCUUCAAAACCAUCUUCAAUCUCUCUCAAUUCCUCCAAAUUUCGUUCUCCAUUGCUUCAUUGCUCAUUCACUUCUUCUCCUACUUCUCUCUCUUUCAACUCUUCUUCCAUUUCAGGUUUGUCACUAGGAUUGGAUUUGAAACCUAAUGUUGGACCUAGAAGACAAAAUGGUCGUCUGGUUAUAGUAGCAGCAGGCAGACAAGCUCUUUGUUUAACCAAGAGAAGUAGAUCACGAAAAUCAUUGGCACGCACUCAUGGAUUCCGCAAACGAAUGAGCACAACAACUGGAAGAGCUGUAUUAAAGCGACGACGUGCCAAGGGACGAAAAGUCCUUUGCACCAAGAGCCACCCAAAUAGUGGCAAAUAGUCACACAAGAGCCUAAAAGUAUUAUAUUUGUGUAUUUAGCUCCUUAAACUUGGCCGCAUUUCAAGGUUUUUCUUUCUUCUUAUUUUCAUAACAAUGGUUUUAUGUACUCCUUUAUAUUUAAAACUUGUAUUAUUUUAGGCAAAAUCUUUGUUCCAGUAUGCUGCAAAAAAUAUGCAAGAGACUUGAUGGAAUGACCAACAAAAUCAGUUUUGCAUGUAUAACAAUAUCUCUUAUGUGAUUUUUGUUAAAUUAAAAUGACCGUACGUUAUUUAGUUGAUUA